AAUACAGUGAAGAUAGCCGACGUUGGCGUUUCCAAGGCUGUGAACAAGAUCACAGGAACUUUGGCGGGAACACCUGUUUAUAUGGCACCGGAAGUGUUCCACUCUCAGCUAUAUGACACGAAAGCAGACAUAUACAGCCUGGGGAUAAUUUUAUGGGAGAUGUGGUAUGAGCAGCAGGCCUUCAGUGACGUCAGUAACAUACCAAGUCAUGUAGCUCUCUUUGCCAUGGUGGAUGAGGGCCUUCGCUCAGAACAUGUGAAAGGUUGUAAUGAGCCCCCACGCCGUUGGAAAGAGUUGAUGGAGAGUUGCUGGAACAAAAAACCAGAUGAACGCCCAUCAGCUUCGCAUUGCCUCAAGGAAGCUAUUGAACUUCCUGGAGAAGCAGAGGAAGUCCUGUAA